GCCCGUCACAGAGCCCAGGUUUAGGGAUGUGCGUUCAGAGCAGAUUAUGAAGCAGACCUCAUCUCUGGCAGUCUCGUCAGAUUGUCUCAAUGGCUAAACACAAGCUUUUCCUGUUUUUUUCUCUGUUACUGUGUGUGUUUAUCUCUCUGUCUUUGCCCUUCGAUCAAGUGCCUGCGAUCCUGGACAGGAGCUCGGAGGUCCCACCAUACCAAGCUGUGAGAAUUAGAACAGAUGGAGAACAUGUUGAGAGUCCAAGUGCCUCACACGAGGAGAGUUAUUCGCCUGCAGCUGAAAAUCCACUCAGAAGAAUACUGCAGCCUUACGGUUGGCAUCUGCAUGCCCAGCCCAGAACCAAGAGGAAGUUACUACAGUCUACCAGCUCGGGACCCUACUCUCCCCUGACUGUAGCAUACAACGGCAAGAUUUGUAUCCUGUUCAAAGCUAAGAGACUGGCCAUUCGAUACAGGAACAACACUUUCCUGGACCUUACAGAGAGGGUGUUUGGAUCCAGUGCACAAGUAGACACCAAAGGCUCUGUUUGUACAAAAGAGAAGGCCACGCUAUCUUUGCGUUUGGGUGAUGUGGAAGACAUCAAGGGCCUUGUCAUCAGGCUUCAGAUGUCCAACACCUUCUACGAAUCAGUAGGCCAGAACUGGUUCACUCUAGACAGCGUUCACAUCCACUACAACUGGACUCAUGAGGCCACGUUCAAUGCCACGGAGGUCUAUGCCCCCGCCACCUAUUCUUACCACUGCCAGCAUGUCAGCAGCUUACAGAAAUAUGACACCCUACUGGUGCCCAGCUCCUACACUGACAGCUCGGCAAACUGGCACAUCACGUUCACAGAUUUUCAGAUCCAGGCCUUUAACGUCCAGUCCAACAAGUUUGCUUCGGCGAGUGAUUGUGCAACCUUCUUUACUCCAGCCAUCUUGAUGGGCCUGAUCACAUCUCUGAUACUUCUACUGGUGUUGGCCUACGCCCUGCACAUGGUGGUCCAUCUCAAGCACAUCGACCGUUAUGAAGAGCACAAGACCACUGUCUACUUCCCACGCACCCCUGAAGCUGAGCUCCCGGACAAAAACAGUGUCUGAGGAGUGAUGGCAGUGCUGUGAAACCAGCAAGAGACCAGCAUGGAAAGGAUUGCUAGUUCUGAUUCUGGAUGGCUGCAUUGUCCUCUUGGUCUUCCUUCUGCCUGGCACGAAAUCCUCUUGUUAUCGCUGUCUUAACCUAACUUCUUAGAGUCAGAGGAUGAGAUUACCUGAUCAAGCAGGUGUUAAAACCCAGGCUGGAGCCAAAACCUGGACAGAACACGGCUUUCCAGGACCAGGACUGGGAAGCCUAUGAAAUGAGGACAAAAUAUUGUGAGAUUGCCUUUUGACAGACCACCAUAUUCUGGCGGGCUUUUCAAAGCACUUCCCUGACUGGAUACAAGUACUGCGGUUAGAAAUCUAUGAAUUGACAAGGAGGCGGAUGCGGAAACAAUGACUAUGGAAGUCGUCUGGGUUUUCUUUUUUUACAGUACUUCAUAAAUCACCAAUUCAUUCAUCAGUAAUGGAGUCCUUAGACUGAUCUGCCAAUUACAAGAACUGUUUUAUGACUGCCAAAGUGGUGCAAAACUGUUUGUCAGCCUUGAUGGGUACCUGACAGUAAUAAUGUGAAUACGAAACGUACAAACAAACAAACAAAGCGUAAAUGUACAGUGCUUAAAAUACUGUUUAUGUAUUCCAGAACUACACGGCUUAGAUUCAGGAACUCCAUAAAUAUACACAUUGGCUUUAAACGAUCAGCUAGACAUUCUCAUAGAUCUAGAUUCAACUGCUGUUUAAGUAAUUUACCAACUUCCAGUAUUAAGCACCUUCAGAUCUAUAAUUGUUAAGUGCGUAAAAAAAACGUAUAGCAAGAAGAACUUUUUUAAGCUUCGGAAACUAAUGUAUUGCACAGGAAAUUUUUAUAUGAUCUCAUAAUUGCUAGGUCUAUAUGCCGUCCCUUUUCAGGUUGGAAUAUAUUAGCACUGAUAGAUGAAUUUAGCACCCCUUUGAGAAUUUAUAGUACAGACUGUAUAACUAUAGUGAGGUAAUGCUGAAAGAAUGCUGUACAAUUAUUCAUGUAAGUGUACCCUCAGUAUCAUAAUCAGUAUACCUCUAUAUCUACAAUUAUAACAUCCGUAGCUCAUUAUCACAAUAACCUGCAGCAUGACAAUGACUAGAGAUAAACCUCUACCAUGGCACGUCUGAUACUGGAGGUAGCAAUGUGUUUGUUUGAAUGAUGGUCGUACACACUGAAGUGCACAAGAAGUUUCCUGAACAUCAGUCAACUCAGUCUGAACAAUAAACAGUGAUCAGAUCAAAA